GACUAUGGCACCUAACCUAAAUGUAGAACAUAGUUUUACCUUUUGAACACCAUCGAGUCCUUGUAAGACAGUAAUCAAAAGUUGACGGACGUAUUUAGUUGGAUGUAUUUUUAUAUUUUACCUUGUUUGGACGGAAGGCAACCUUUAAUAAGUUUAAUAAACUCUUCACCAUUUUAACUAAACUAAAAUUACCGUUUUGCUCUAUCAAGCUAGGUGAAAGAUUAAGAGACGUGGGCAUCUCAUGUCGACGUGUUUUCACCUAUUUUUCAGCCAGCACAACUUGCCCCUUGCCAUCUGAACCGGUUUGCGUGAACCGCAUUUUCAUGUUGGUCAAUCCGCAUUCAACGAAACUUUACUUGAUGGGAUAGUUGGCUGGUUUCCUUACCUGUAGUCCUGCAAAAACAGCUGAGAAAGUGCUGGUCUCAUAAACGCUCUGAUUGGACCAUUUCUGUCGGUUUUAACAGAGUGCGGGGCUUUUGAUGCAGUUAGAUUUACAACAUUAGUUAAUAUGCAUCAUUAAAAGCUCACAUGCAUUCUCAUGCUAACAAUCUUUAAGUUUAUUUUUCGCCUCCAGAGCUUAAAUAUGGAGAGCUUCUGGCGAUAAAUGUGUCUGUUCGAAUGUGUGUGUGUCUUUGUGUGUGUGUGUGUGUGUGUGUGUGUGUGUGUGUGUGUGUGUGUGUGUGUGUGUGUGUGUGGUGGGGGCGUUCUCGACUGACAUCCUCAAACAAUACGAGAAAGAGGAGUGCACGAAUCCGCGCACCCUGAGCUGGUCUCCUUCCCUGUAAUAGAGAGCGUCAGGCGCUUCUUAAAAAACACAUUUUGUGGCUUAGUGGACUGGACUGGAGGAGCGAGGCGAGGACGAGCUGAACGGACAGAGAUGUAAAUAAAAACAGUCGUGCAUGGCCCAGCUGAGCGAGGACUUUUGGUUUUUUUUUCUUUUCCUUUUGGAUCAAUCAGGCAGAGAGAGGCUUCUCUUGAUUAAGCCCCAAAUUGUCAUUGGGCAGAGGUAAUCAUGUGACAGGCAAUUCGGUCCAAUUUCAACCUUGUCUCCAUGAAUUCUAUAGUUUAAUGGCAGCUCGGUCCCCACACGGCCGUAAUCACUGAAAUAGAAAAAAAAACACAUCAGGGGAUUUUUUAAAAUAUAUAUAUAUAUAUUUAUAUAUAUAUAUUUCUUCAUCGUCCUCACUGAGCCGCAACGUUUAUAAAAAUACGGCGCUGCAAACUUUCCUCGGCUCUCAGGGAGCGGAGAUGAAUUACGAAUUCGAGCGAGAGAGCGGUUUUAUCAAUAGUCAGCCGUCGCUUGCUGAGUGCCUGACAUCUUUCCCCCCUGUCGCUGAUUCAUUUCAAAGUUCAUCAAUCAAGAGCUCGACGCUUUCACGCCCGACACUGAUUCCUCCUCCUUUCGAGCAGACCAUCCCCAGCCUGAACCCGGGCAGCCAUCCGCGCCACGGCCGGCCCAGACACAGCCCCGAUGGCUGCAGCCCGCUGCCAACCGCCUCCUUACCCCCGGAGUACCCGUGGAUGCGGGAGAAGAAAGCCUCCAAGAGGAACCACCACCUGCCGAGCUCCACCGCCGCUGCUACCACCGCCACCACCAUCUCAAACGGACCCGUGUGCUUCUCCCCGAAAGGCUCGCCUGAGAUGGUGGAGGGAGCCGGUGGAGGAGGGGGUUCCCGCAGGCUGAGGACCGCGUACACCAACACGCAGCUGCUGGAGCUGGAGAAGGAGUUCCACUUCAACAAGUAUCUGUGCCGGCCGAGGCGGGUGGAGAUCGCGGCCCUGUUGGAUCUGACCGAGAGGCAGGUCAAGGUGUGGUUCCAGAACCGGCGCAUGAAGCAUAAGCGCCAGACCCAGAGCAAGGAGAACCACGGCGGCGGGGACGCGAAGGGCCCCGGCGCCGACGACGGCAUACACAGCGAGGAGGACGAGGAGGGGGGCGGCCUGCUGUACGAGCAGAGCGGGCCCCUCCUGGAGAGAGAUACCUGCUCCUUUCAGAACAACACACAGCAGCAGCAGCCGCAGCUUCACAAUAAUGGAGAGGCGGCAAGCUAUGACAAAAAUCUGAAACAUUUUCCCAACCCAUCACCCACUGUUCCGGGCUGCAUGUCAACAAUGGGCCCCGGCUCGGCAUCUGGGCCGGACAAUGGCGAAAGCCCCUCAGCCCUGGAUGUUUCUUUGCACGACUUUCAGCCUUUCUCCUCGGAUUCCUGCCUGCAGCUCUCGGACACAGCCUCGCCGAGCUUGUCGGAGUCUCUGGAUAGCCCCGUGGACAUUUCCGCGGACACUUUCUAUUUUUUCUCGGAGUCCUUGACCACAAUCGACCUGCAGCAUCUGAACUAUUAACUCAGAAAACAAAAAUCCUUCACAUUUUCCCUGUGUGUGUGAGAGAGAGAGAGACAGAGAAAUGUGUGUGUGAAAUCAGGUUACGACGGCAUUAACUCAUUGUUUGUAUGUGCGGCACAUUUAUUCUCUUGAUAUUUGACUUGACGAUUAAUACAGGGUAAGGACGGAAUUAAAUCACUGAAAUAGCUCUGCUUAAAUUAGCUUAAUUACCAUAACAACUUGAUCACUUGGCAUGGAAAUUACGUGUGUGUGAGAGACAGUGUGUGUGUGAAUAAUCUAACAGUGUUAGGCCUAUACAAAACCGGGUCGUUUUUUAUUUUUGUAUAGUUUUCUUGGAUAUUUUUGUUAGAAUACAACUAACUUGCUACAAUCCUU